UCUGCACACCAACACUAAGGAAAGCACAGUAAAGGAUUAACCAGUUUAAAAGUGCCUCUGGAAAGAAGCAGGAGUUAAGAUUAUUUAUAAGGAAAGCAGCACUUGCUUACUUGCCAUGUCCCUUAAGCUGGCAGAAAUGACCUCUGUGGAAGAAGAACUGGUUUGCUGGGGAAACGGGGCACUGGGUCAGUGCGGCCAUGGAAACAGAACAGACAAUGAAGCUAAAGAUGGCUUUCUGGGAGCAUUUGUAUCUAAAAAACUGGGGAGAGUCAUGUUUUUUUCUUGUGGGUCUACUCACUCAGUUGUGGUUACAGCUGAAAACAAGAUCUUUGCCUGGGGUAAUGGAAAUAGUGGACAACUUGGAAACGGAGAAAGGGGCAUGAAAUGUGAUCCAACAGAAGUGUUUUUGCCACCAAGUAUAAAUAAUGACACUACUGGUAAAGAAAUUACUGGGCUGGCUUGUGGUGGACGACAUACUUUUAUCUGGACAAAAGGAGGACAAGUGUACAGUUUUGGAAACAAUUUCUAUGCUCAGUUGGGUUACGACUUCAUGGAAGAGAACUUUAAAGAACAUCAGGUAAAAUAAGAUCUAAAGUAUUGAUGCUACAGUUGGGUCAUACAUUCAGCAUGUGCUACCUUCUCACCAGUAAUUUAUUAUUGUAUAAAAUCUACUUAAGUCAGCUCACAUAUAUAUGGUUGCUCACUUUUCAUUUCAAAGCUGUUCUAGGUUUUUAGCAUUUUUCUCUCUGUAAAGCUGCAUUAGUUGCUGCUGCAGCUGCUUAAAGGAUUUUUAGGAGCUGUUGAAGAAGCUCAAACAAUGCAACAUUGCUCUUCACAAGUCAUCUAUCCUUGAUCUGAUCAUCUACAACCGACUUUUGUAGUACUUAUAAAAUAAUGCUCUGAAAACUGAGCAAGUGUGUCCAUUCUGUAAAGUAACAAUUUCCGUGACUGUCAUUUCAAUGAAAAAAUGAGAUGCUCCAAAACUUAGACUAUAAUAUACUUUGUUUGGCAUUUCAUACAAUUUAACAAAAAUGUAAAUCUUUUCAAUAAUGAAUUAUACAUUAAGUUUACAAUAGCAGUCUCUGAUUAGGCUAAUGCUUUCUGCUGACAUACUGCGGGAUGUGAAUUGGUUAAGUAGGUAGCAAAAAUGAAUUAAUGAUCCCUACUGCUUAGAAAGAACUUAGUAAUCAAAAUAAAAAUCCACUUUUUUACAUUCAGGUACAGUCUGUAACUUGACAUGAGUAUUGUCAGGUGUCUUUUUCAUCCCUGACUGUGGCUACUCCUCUUCUCUGCAGAACAUCUUCUUGUGUUUCUUGCCAACAUGUAUCAUUUCUUGCCAAAAUCUAUCACUUGACAACCAUAGGAUAGCAAGAUUUUGGUAAUAAAUGAAGAGUAAACUCCUUGUUAGUGAUUAG